UUUCUGUGGCAGGAAAAGUCAUUUCUUCUGGCCAGGCAUUUGGGAAGGAGACAGGAAGCAUAUUAUUUUAAAGGUGGAUCGCGGCGCCGCGCCGAGCCGCCCGCCGCCAUGCCGCCGCCGUGCCCCCGCGGGGCCCUGCCCGGGGCCGCCCUCCUCCUCCUCCUCCUCCUGCCGCUGCUCUGCGCGGCCCCCGAUAUUUCAAGGGGAAAUAAGCUUAAACUGAUGCUUCAGAAACGCGAAGGCAUGCCUUUUGGGGGGGAAUUAAUUUCAGCCCCUGUUGCCAUGAAGUCCGAGGUGUCAGUGAAAGAAACGGCGGCCAAGGAGUUCCUAAGCAGCCUGAGACGUCAGAGGCGUCAGCUGUGGGACAGAAGCCAGCCCGACGUACAGCAGUGGUACCAGCAGUUCCUGUACCUGGGAUUCGAUGAGGCGAAAUUUGAAGAUGACAUCUCCUACUGGACAAGCUUAGGGCGUGCUCGUAAUGAAUACUACGGUGGAUACUACCAACACCACUACGAUGAAGAUUCACCAAUUGGCCCACGAAAUCCACACACCUUCAGGCACGGAGCAGGUGUCAACUAUGAUGAUUACUAAUGCCAUUCAUCCUAGUAUGGCUGGUGCCUAUAGGGCUGCACGGGGCGAGGCUGAGUCCUCCCUCCGUCAGAAUGACCCUGCUUUCCUCCUCUUCAUG